ACAAUUUACAAUUAUCCGAUUAGUUAUUAAAAAGAAACAGUCUCGUCAGAGAGAGUUUUACCAUAUUUUAAUCGACACAUUUAAGAGUAUUUGGUUCCGCCCUCCCCACCCGAGGAGCCUUCCAGAAGUCGCCGGGCAGAACUGUGCGGCUUGCAGUUUAGCCACACUCCAGAUCAAAAUAAUUUAAACUAAUUUUCCUGUAACUUAAACUCUUUUUAAGCUCCACAUUCCCUCCGUCAAAAUGUCCACUUUAGGGACGCUGGCUUUUGAUGAGUAUGGGAGGCCUUUCAUCAUCAUUAAAGACCAGGACAAGAAGACACGGUUAUCGGGCAUUGACGCAUUGAAGUCUCAUAUUAUGGCAGCCAAGGCAGUCGCUUCAACCCUUAAAACAUCUUUGGGGCCAAAUGGUCUUGACAAAAUGAUGGUCGACAGAGAUGGAGAAGUAACUGUCACUAAUGAUGGAGCCACUAUUCUCAGCAUGAUGGAUGUGGACCACCAGAUUGCCAAGCUAAUGGUAGAGUUGUCAAAGUCUCAAGAUGAUGAGAUUGGUGAUGGAACCACUGGAGUUGUUGUGCUGGCUGGAGCACUGCUCGAGCAAGCUGAGCAGCUGCUGGAUCGUGGGAUCCAUCCAAUCAGGAUCUCUGACGGUUAUGACCAGGCUGCUCGCAUCGCCAUAGAGCAACUGGACAAAAUUGCAGAAACUUUCCCCUUUGAUCCCAACAACACAGAACCACUCAUUCAGACUGCCAUGACCACACUUGGAUCUAAAGUUAUCAACCGGUGCCACCGACAGAUGGCAGAGAUUGCAGUGAAUGCCAUCCUCACUGUGGCUGACAUGGAAAGAAAGGAUGUAGACUUUGAGCUCAUCAAGAUGGAGGGCAAGGUGGGAGGAAAGCUGGAGGACACACAGCUCAUCAAGGGAGUUAUAGUUGACAAGGAGUUCAGCCACCCUCAGAUGCCCAAGGUCCUGAAAGAUGUAAAGAUUGCUAUCCUGACCUGCCCCUUUGAGCCUCCUAAACCCAAGACCAAGCAUAAGUUGGAUGUGACCUCUGUGGAGGACUACAAAGCCCUCCAGAAAUAUGAAAAAGAGAAGUUUGAGGAGAUGAUCCAACAGGUCAAAAGCAAUGGUGCAAACUUGGCUAUCUGUCAGUGGGGCUUCGAUGAUGAGGCGAACCACCUUCUGCUGCAAAAUGAGCUGCCCGCUGUGCGCUGGGUCGGAGGGCCUGAGAUUGAGCUGAUAGCUAUAGCCACGGGAGGUCGCAUCGUGCCGAGGUUUUGUGAGCUGACACCAGAGAAACUCGGCUUGGCCGGCCUGGUGAAGGAGAUUUCCUUCGGUACUACCAAAGAUCACAUGUUGGUCAUCCAGGAGUGCAAAAACACCAGAGCUGUAACCAUUUUCAUCCGUGGAGGCAACAAAAUGAUCAUUGAGGAGGCCAAGCGUGCUCUCCAUGAUGCUCUGUGUGUAAUUCGCAAUUUGGUCAGAGAUAACCGCGUUGUGUAUGGAGGCGGAGCUUCAGAGAUCGCAUGCGCCCUGGCUGUAAACCAUGCUGCUGAUAAGUGCCCAUCAUUGGAACAAUAUGCCAUGAGGGCAUUUGCUGAUGCUCUGGAGGUAAUCCCGAUGGCAUUGGCUGAAAACAGCGGUCUGAACCCCAUCCAGACUAUGACGGAGAUCAGAGCCAGACAAGUCAGAGAGAACAACGCCUUCCUUGGCAUCGACUGUCUGCAAAACAACACCAAUGACAUGAAGCAGCAACAUGUGAUUGAGACCCUUAUUGGCAAAAAACAGCAGAUCUUACUGGCUUCUCAGGUAGUCAAAAUGAUCCUGAAGAUAGACGACAUCCGAAACCCAGGAGAAAGUGAGGACUGAAGCCCCUUCUGAACAGAAACAGCUCAGAAGUGCUCUUCAUCUUUGGUAUCUGAUCUGUUUGAGGGUUUUGGCGCUUCCCAGAGUUCCAUGUCCAAACCGCAGUGCAUAUUGCUAUUUAUCAUUUGAUAUAAAAAAUGUCCAAGCUGUUGUAGUCUCAAAGUCACAUUAAAAUGUUGCUCUGUUGACA